AGGAGCACCGUUGAGUUCUCUCUCUCUUAUUUUUUUUAUUUUUUUUGUAUGAAAUACUGUUAAAAAAUAUACUCUAAUACUCCUUGUCUCUAUUAACCGAGACCAUGGGGAACGAAGCCAGCCUGGAGGGUGGAGGGCAACCCGGGGAUCCAGGCUCUGGCAUCUCAACGGCAGGAGCUCCGGGUUCCAUUUCAGCACCAGCGGGCUCUGGACAGCUCAUCAAGCCCAGCAAUGGAGCUGCAGUCGGGGGUGGAGCGGCGGCCGGACCCACGGCAGGGAUUAACAGCCUGUCGGGGAGACCCAACCAAAUUAACCCGGCCGGUCCAAAACCAUCGUCCCAAGUUGGCUAUGCUGACAGCAGAACAGGGGGUGGAGGGCGUGCCGAGCCCUAUCGGCUAGCUGCCCAUGAUAGCCCCAGAGAACAGAAGACCCAGGCGCCAGGGCAAGGUCAGGGGCAGGGACAGGGGUCCCAUCACUCCCUCCACGUGGACACCAGCGUGCGGUCAGGGAAGUCUCCCUCGGUCUCGCCCUGCACCACGCCCACAUCACCCUACUCUGUGCCCCAGAUCGCCCCGAUGCCCAGCAGCAAGGUGUGUCCCCUCUGCAAAACCACCGAUCUGACAACCCCCCACAACCAGCCAAACUUCAACACCUGUACCCAGUGCCGCUCCACAGUGUGCAACCAGUGUGGGUUCAACCCCAACCCACACCUCACUGAGGUCCAGGAGUGGCUGUGUCUGAACUGCCAGAUGCAGAGGGCUUUAGGAAUUGACAUGAUCACCACUCCACACUCCAAGAGUCAGCAACAGAUCCACUCGCCCUCCCACCAAGCCAAACCCCAGCCACAGCCCCAGCCCCAGCCCCAGACUCAGGCCAAGCCUCAGGCCCAACCCUCCCAACCCGCACCAGGGCAGCAGAAGCAAGCUGGCCCUACAUCGGUCAAUCAAACCGGGCCGCAUGGGGGGCCCGUUCCUCACCAAUCAAAGUCAGAGCAACCUGCCCAACGAGGGCCAACCAACCAGGGUCAGGAUAAGCAGGAGCCCACUGGGAGUAGGGUCCCCCAAGGGAUGGCACCCAGCCAGAGUUUGACAAAACCAGUUUCCCAUCCAGAACUGGCCAAAAGCUCUCCACAGCACCAACAAGCUAGACCUCCUGCUUCUCCACAGCACCAACAAGUUAGACCUCCAGGUACAGACCAGAACCAAGGGGUCGGAAGCUCCCCGGCCAGGGUGCCCGGUGGACCCCAGGAACCAGCGCAAGACGGCAUAACUGGGAAGCUGUUUGGGUUUGGGGCCUCGCUCUUAAAUCAAGCUAGCACUCUCAUUUCAGUGGACCCCCAGCCCACAGCGUCGCCCCAGCCGUCUCCUGCCAAAGUGACUUCUAGGGUGGUGUUCAGCGAUGCAAGUUCCGCUUCUGCCCCCAAAGCCCAGGCACCUCCGACAGCAGCCACCCAGGGAAAGCCUGGUAGUGGCCCUGCUCAGCAGCAGCAGCAGCAGCAGAAGCAACAGAAGCCACAGCAACAACAACAUCAAGCACCCCAUCAAAAGACGCAACAUCAGCCACAACAACAGCAAGCAAGGCAGGAGCCUGCACCCAAGCCCAAGGAACCGGAGAAGCCCAAAGUGGCGUGCCCUCUGUGUAAAACUGAACUGAACGUGGACUCCGGGCAGCCUCCCAACUACAACUCCUGCACGCAGUGUCACAUACAGGUGUGCAACAUGUGUGGCUUCAACCCGACCCCACAUCUGGUGCAGAAAAAUGAGUGGCUUUGCUUAAAUUGCCAGACUCAGAGACUGCUUUCAGGCAGCCUGGGAGAUGCACCAGUUCCUGUACCUCAGCCAUCUCCAAAACACCAACCCAUGGGCUCACCUCGACACCAGACGCCUCUUGGGACCAAUCAGCAGCCACCACAGCAGAAGGGACCCAAUCAACAGCUAGGGGCAGGGCAAGCGAAGCAGCAGAAACCUCCUACAACUCAAGGGAGUGCAUCCUUCUCCCCAGCAAAGCAUCAUGGUGUCCCUACGCAGGACAAGCCUCCUGCCCAGGCAAUGCACGGUGUCGUCAGCGAGGCGCACAAACAGCAGCAGGCUCAGGAGAAGGACAGGAUGCACCUAAAAACAGGAAAGGAGGCCGUGGCUCCAGCCGUCUCCAAAGAGACCAACAAACAAGUACCAAAGAAAGAACCUGAACACAUCACUGCAGUGCCCCAAGCAAAAGACGGCAAGAAAGCUACAGAGUCUCAUAAAGUCAAACACCAUGAAGAGGAUAAGAAGUCGAGUACCCAAGACUUGUCACGCAGCCCUCAGAGCCAAAGUGAUACAGGAUACUCGUCCGAUGGGAUCUCCGGCUCCCAGAGUGAAAUCACAGGGCUAAUCCAAGAAGAGGAGAUGAUCCUGAACAAAAGGGGGAUCGUUGAGCACAGCCCUCCCAGUCCGUCAGAACUCACCAAGCUGGAGAGCACCAUGCGGCCACUACUAGAGUCCAAGUCUGUCCCUGGCCAGGAACAGGGAGGGAGGGAGAAGCAGCAUCACCACCAUGACCCCAGGGAAGAGCAGAAGCAAAAGCAGAGGCCCCGCUCACUGUCCAUCACCCCGGAGGCCUUUGACUCAGACGAGGAGCUUGAGGACAUACUGGAAGAAGAUGAGGACUCAGUGGAGUGGGAACACCAGCGUGACCAGAGGGACAGCGUGAUUGAGUCAUCGGAUGACUUCAGCAGCAAGCUGCGCCAUGACUAUGUGGAGGACAGCAGUGAGAGUGGGUUCUCUCCACUCCCUGGCAGGCAGAGGAAGACGGAGCAAGAAAUUACAGAUGAGGAGUUCAUGAGAAGGCAGAUAAUGGAGAUGAGCGCCGAGGAGGACAACCUGGAUGAGGAUGAAGGCUAUGGUUACCCUAAGCCAAAGAAGAGCCACAAGCACAGCACAGAUUCAGGAAAAGAGUCAAAACGGCGCCUUCCUCACAACUCAAGCAGUUUGUAUGAAGAAGAAGGCAAAGGUACUGGAGAUGCCUACAAGGGUACUGGAGUAGAAGGAGAAGAAGACCUGAUGGCUUCCCAAGGAGGUCUACGACGCUUCAAGACCAUUGACCUGAACAAUACCAAUACUUUUGGUCGAGAAAUGGAGCUCAGCAAUGAGAAUGACCUCAGCCUGGACCGGGAACCAGAGCUGGAAAUGGAGAGUUUGACCGGAUCUCCAGAUGAGAGGUCCAGGGGGGAGUAUUCAUCAACUCUGCCCCCAACAACCCCCAGCUACACCUCCGGCACAUCCCCAACAUCAGUCUCCUCCAUGGAGGAAGACAGUGAUAGUAGCCCCAGCCGCAGACAAAGGCUGGAAGAAGCCAAGCAGCAGCGGAAAGCCAGACACCGUUCACAUGGGCCACUGCUGCCCACUAUUGAAGACUCCUCUGAGGAAGAGGAGCUGCGGGAAGAAGAAGAACUGCUGCGGGAGCAAGAGAAGAUGCGAGAGGUGGAGCAGCAAAGGAUCCGGAGCACUGCAAGGAAAACCAAGAGGGAUAAAGAAGAAUUACGUGCACAGAGACGCAGAGAGAGAUCCAAGACUCCUCCAAGCAAUCUCUCCCCUAUCGAGGAUGCCUCCCCAACGGAAGAGCUGAGACAGGCUGCUGAAAUGGAAGAGCUGCACAGAUCAUCUUGCUCAGAGUAUUCGCCUUCUAUUGAUUCAGAAGCAGAAGGGUUUGAGAUGAUUGCUUCCAAGCUUUACAAGUCUGGCAGUGAAUACAACUUGCCAACCUUUAUGUCACUCUACUCCCCAACUGAAAAGCCAACAACCACAUCAGCCUCCUCUGCCAGCAAGCCUCUGAAAAGUGCAGAGGAGGUCUAUGAGGAAAUGAUGAGGAAGGCUGAGAUGCUGCAAAAGCAACAGAAGCAGCAGACACAACAGCUCAAACAAGGGCAAGCAUACAGUAACACAUACCAGCAGGAAGACUUUAGAAGCACAGGGCAGCAGGACAGUGAUCAGUACCAAUAUGAGGAUAACUAUGGUUAUGGAAAAGACAUAGGGUCAUCUCAAACUGCAUACCAAAACAACAUAUCCAAGGCUGAGAACAUUUAUGACGAGAUCCUGCAGACAUCGCAGAGCAUCUCCAAAAUGCAGCAACAAAAAAUCAGUCAGAUGACAGAAUGCAGUACCAACCAGGACAAACAACUGUUAGAUACAGGGUCUGUCUUUGCUAAAUUGCUAGACCAAAACAGUGCUCCCCUUACUCCUGGGACAAGCCCCACUCAACUUUCGGCACCUGUCUCAUUUUUAGGGACAUCAGGGAAUGAACCAGGUGGAACUGGGACAAGGGGGAUCCCUGAUGUUCAUGUGACACAGCACUUCUCGAAGGAGGCGCAGAAAGAAAGAGCCAAGAGCCAAGGCUCGUCAGUAGGAGCCACCUCCACUGCAGUGACAACUAUAGCUUCUUAUGUCGUUUAUGGAAGGGAGUCAACAGCUACCACUCAGGUCAUAGCCAGUCAAACUGCAACUUCGUCUAGCUACGGACGUCAGUCUGCUCCAACUAGUACUGCUUCAGCCUUUGCAGGGUGCAAUCAGGGCUAUAGUCAAAGGGACAGCAUAACUGGUGGCAAAAGGGUUCAGGAGAACAGAGGGGUCCAGGCCCGAGACAGCUCUCAGGUUAAAACUGAGGCUGGGAGUGUAAAUCUUACAUCCAAAAGCUACUACUACAAAGGCUCCAGCCCCCCUAUUUCUCCAUCCUCCUCCCCCACACAGAGCCCCACCCACUCACCCUCCAGUGCUACCUCCCCAGUUAUAGCACAGGGCACCCAGACGCCACACCGGGCCAGCUCACCACGUCUUUUCAGGCAACAAUCCUCACAAGGCUCACCUUUUAUGGUUAUCACUCUGGGGUCCGAUUCGACCAGUCCAGGGAAGCCUUUGACUGUCAACUCUUCCACCUCUCCUGUGUCUUCGCCAACUAGACUGAGUCGUCAACAGACUCUUCAUGGUUACGACCAAUCUGCAAGUUCUCCAUCAUCGCCUCAGCACCAACAGCAACAACAAUCACCUCAGCACCCCUUAUACAAGUCACAGACUGACAGAGUAUCAUCAACCACUGCAAGUACCUAUAACCGUGGAUCUUUGUCUAUGGAGAAUAUCUCCUUGUGCAGAAUCUCCACUGUUCCUGGGACUUCCAGAGUAGAGCAAGGCCCAAGGCUACCCAGCGGGAGUGUGGUGGAUUUACGUAUUGCCACCAAGCCAUACCCAGUUAUCAUGACAGAUAAGGGCAUGGACCUAACUUCCAUUGCAACAGAGAGCCGCAGGUUCUCUCUGGGAUCUGAGGAAAGCCCUAGCCGCCAUUCUACAACUGUGCAACCACUCAUCAUGAACCUAAAUGCCCAGGAACAGCCCCAUGUGGCAACAUCAACGCCGACCACAGUUAGCAUCACAGUGGCAGCUUCCAUGUUCACCUCCCAGCCAAAGCAGCCUAUGGUUUACGGAGACCCCUUCCAGAACCGGGUAGACUUUGGACAAGGAUCUGGGUCUGCAAUGUGCCUGACACAGACCAAACAGCCUGCUGUUAAUGCCCAGGACUCUAUCCCGAAGAUAGAUGCCAAGCUGGAAGACCUUGGCAUUCAGCAGCAUAAACUUCAGCAACAGCAGCAGCACUUGCAACAACAGCAACAACAUCUGCAACAACAGCUGCAGCACCAUCAGCAACAGCAGCAGCAUCUGCAACAGCAACAAGCGAUGUUUUCUAGAUAUAACCUGGCCAAUCAGGUUCAACCCUUGGUCAAGAAAGACAUGAAGGUCAGCCAGACCAGUAGUGCCCAGACUAUAGUCAGUGUCAGUGCAAUUCCCAGGGCAGCACCUCUGCCUGAUCAACCAGUACCAGCUGUUCCAAUUCCUCCUGCUCCUCCUCUUGACCUGUACAGCAAUGUUAAUUUGGAAUUAAAGACUAAAACUCCUGCUGUCAAUCUUUUGGGUGUGAAACCAAAUGUUAUGAUGGUGCAAGUGGACAACGCCUCCCAGGGUGCCACCGUCACCCAGCUUGUGAAACCAGAUGAGCCCCACGAUGCCCUGGAUCUUACAGGGAUAAAGUCAGAGAACCAGGUAGCCUGCUGUGAUGUGGUCUACAAAUUCCCCUUUGGUGGCAGCUGCACAGGAGCCUUUUCCCAGCCACCAGAGAAAGCCUCUGUGCCAGUGGCUGAACUGCCACAGAGUAACCACCCACCUUCUGCUCCUCAGUACUAUGGAAACAGGAAACAAGAACAAAGCCAAGAGAGCUAUCAGUACCGUGAACAACCAGAGUCCAGUCAUGGCUUCAUGGAUGACCGAAAAAUCUACCCUCUACCUUUCACUGGGCGGCUGUCCAUGUCUGACACCAACCUUGCUGAAGCUGGGCUAAAUUAUUAUCAAAUAAAAAAUUAUUCCACCUUCCAUGGUCCUGGAGGUGAUCUAGCAGUUGACCUUAGCACAGUGAAACAGCCAUACAGUGGCAGUUUCUCAGAUGGAGGGUACUUGGGCUUGGGCAUGCAGUACGGCUCCUAUACAGACCUGCGGCACCAAGGUGACGUGAUGAGCCAACCCUUGCCAAUACGGCGAUACAACUCUAUGUCGAACAUCAACACAGAUUAUGGUUACUCCCCACGUGACCUUUCCAAUUUCCAAGAGUCCAGCCUGGCCCAAUACAGCGCCACCACUGCAAGGGAGAUCAGUCGGAUGUGUGCAGCUCUGAACUCAAUGGACCAAUUUGCUGGAAGGUAUGCCAAUAACCCUGAUCUACUGCAAUACGCAUCCACAGGAGCUGGAGGGGCUGGUGCAAGACUCAAUUUGCUCUCUGGUCAGCAAGGCCUAUCAGCCAUGAAAGCCAACCUGAUGUACGGCCCCAACUUUUCAGAAGGUCGCCAGGUUGCACAUGGCCAAGCCUUUAGUAACUUGCCGCAAUACAAUGUAUCUAGCGCUAGGCUAGCUGGCAUAAGGCACAUGUACCCUUCAGGUGUCAGAGCUGCUGAUGGCAUGAUCUACUCUACCAUCAACACCCCCAUUGCCUCUACCCUGCCCAUCACCACCCAGCCUGCUUCUGUCCUGCGGCCUAUGAUUAGGAGCCUCUACAGGCCCUACCCUCCAGGAAACACGACGACUGUACCAUUGGCCAGCCUAUCCGGGUUGCCCCUGGUUACACCCAGGAUGCCUCUGUCCUCCCAGGGACCUUACCGUUACCCUCCUCCCAACCGAUUCACAACAGCCCCAGUGACUGCCACCACCACUACCAAUACCACAGCCUUGGAUACACCUGUCUACCUGGGGAGGCCCUCAGGAAUGCCAGCAGCACCCAAUACCAUCAAUAUGGGGAUGACAAACAUGCAAGCUGGCAGAGCCCCUACAACAGCAAUGAUGGUGGGACAGGCAGUUGCAGCGCCCACCAACCAACAGCAGUUUCAGACGCAGAUGCAACACCAACAACAGACCCAGCCACAGCAUCCUCAUCAAACCCACCCUCAAACCCACCCUCAAACCCACCCUCAAGCACAGCUUCAAUCACAGCCUCAAUCACAGCCUCAAACACACCCUGAAAUGCACCCUCAGACGCACCCUCAAGCACAGCCUCAAUCACACCCUCAAACACACCCUCAAAUGCACCCUCAAGCACAGUCUCAAUCACACCCUCAAGCACACCCUCAAAUGUACCCUCAAACACAACCUCAAUCACACCCUCAAACACACCCUCAAAUACACUUUCAAACUCAACCUCAAACACAACCUCAAUCACACCCUCAAAUGCACCCUCAAACCCACCCUCAAACACAACCUCAAUCACACCCUCAAAUGUACCCUCAAACACAACCUCAAUCACACCCUCAAACACACCUUCAAAUGCACAUUCAAACUCAACCUCAAACACAACCGCAAAUACAUUCUCAAGAACAGCCUCAAACACAGCAUCAAAUACAGUCUCAAUCACAGCCUCAAACCCAAUCUCAAUCACAGCCUCAGCCUCAGGCAGCUCCAGAGGCCACUUCGAGCAGCAGUGUUGGCAGCAGUGGCAACAAUGGAGAGAAAGACAAGGAGGAGGAAAGGCUGCGAUGGCAGCAGGAGCAGCUGCUGCAGUUUGAGAGGGAGCGAGUGGAGCUGGAGAAGCUGCGGCAGAUGCGCCUGCAAGAGGAGCUGGAGCGGGACCGCGUGGAGCUGCAGCGGCACAGGGAGAAGGAGCAAAUGCUAGUGCAACGCGAGAUUCAGGAGCUGCAGACUAUCAAGCAGCAGGUGUUGCAGCAGCAGCAUGUCGAGAGGGAGACCCAGCUUGUCAUGCAGAGGGAACAGCUGGCCCAGCAGAAGAUGCAGCUAGACCAGCUACAGAACUUGCAGCAGCAGCUCCAGCAACAACUCGAGGAGCAGAAAAGGCAGAAGGUAGCAGCAGCAGCGGCAGCAGCGGCAGCAGCGGCAGCGGCGGCAGUGGCAGCGACAGCAGCAGCAGCGACUCCUGGGGCAGGAGGACAAGUAGGAGUAGCAGGGGGAGCAGUAGUAGGAGGAGGUGGGGCUCCCCAGGGAUUCCCUGUUGUCUGUGACCAAACAGGAAGGAUACUUCAACACGAAGUGCCACCUGAACUACAGAGGACCAUGGGCCAGAACGGGCAGUACUGGCAGCCCUAUGUGGAAGGUGGGGUAAUUCAAGGAGUAAUUCCUCCCAGGCCUCUGCCCAGUUCUGCUUCAGAAAUGUCCUUGAGGAAUGAGGAGCAUGUGGAGACACGAGGCAUGAAGAAGCGCAACUCUAUGCCUCGUCUAAGGGAUGGAAUGGAAUUUGAGGAGGCUCAGCACUCGGUGAAGAGGAUCGCAGACAGCAGUGCACAGACUGAUGAUGAGGAUGGUGAGGAGAAAUACUAUAUGUCGAGACGGAGGCGAGCCCGUCGCAGUGUGGACUGUAGUGUGCAAACGGAUGACGAGGAUAACGAGGAGUGGGAGCAGCCUGUCCGACGGAGGCGCUCACGAUUUUCCAAGCACUCUGAUUCUGGCUCAGAGAGCAAAUCUGAGUCUUCAAAGGGCACCUCCAGCAUUGCAAUCCAGACUAUCAGCGAUAGCUCGUGUCAGACUGAUCCUGACCAACUAGGGAGAGUGUCACCGGCCAUCCACAUUACAACGCCCGACCCCAAGGUUGAAAUUAUCCGUUAUAUCUCUGGCCCUGAGAGAACCCAAAAGGGAGAAAGCUUGGCCUGCCAGACAGAACCAGAGGCCCAGUCUCAAGGGGUGGUGAUCCCCCAGCUUACAGUCCCCACCACCAUCACUCCUUACUCCAACAACAUCCAGCUAGUGACUUCUGGACCACUGGAUCCUCAUUCCUCCCGGCUCCAAGGGUUGGCCAAGUUUGAAAAGAAGAAGCCCGACCCAUUGGAGAUCAGCUACCAGUCUCACCACCUUCACAAUGAGUCUCUCUCCCACCUGGUCCGCCAACCCCCCAAGUCUCCACAGGUUCUCUACUCCCCUGUCUCACCACUUUCACCCCACCGUCUCCUGGAGACCUCCUUCUCCUCCAGUGAGCGACUCAACAAGGCUCACGUCACCCCGCAGAAGCACUUCACUGCCGAGUCUCCCCAACGGCAGCAGACCCUGCCCCGGCCAAUCAAAACCAUGCAAAGGUCCAUGUCUGACCCAAAGCCUAUCAGCCCCACCUCCGAAGACCCUGCCAAGGCUAGGUUCUCCAUGUACCAGCAGCAGGCUCUUCAAAACAGUCAGCAGAGCUCCCUGGUCAGGAAGGUGAAGAGGACUUUGCCCAGCCCACCUCCAGAGGAAGCUCACCUCCCCAUCGCCACCCCACCGCUUCCUCAGAUGUAUGUGCCGACCCUGCCCCAGAAGGUGGGGCCCAGGUCGUUCCAGGUCACCAAAGCCAGUCUGCUGAAAGACAUCACCCAUGAGCUGAAGGUGGUGGAGCAGGAGUCCACCAAGCUGCGCAAGCAGCAGGCCGAGCUGGAGGAAGAGGAGAAGGAGAUUGAUGCCAAGCUGCGGUACCUCGAGCUGGGAAUCACACAGAGGAAGGACACCCUGCUGAAGGAGAGGGAACGGAGGGAGCUGGCCUACAUCAGGUGCAUGGGAGACACUCGCGACUACAUGUCAGACAGCGAGCUCAGCAACAUUCGAAUCGCCACCACGUAUGAAGGAAAUGGGCUUCUGACCAGGCCCACCACGGCUCCCAUGAAUCAGUUCUCUGAGUUCACUACCACCCAGUACCCUACCACUUCCUCCUUCGUCACCUACCAGUACCAGCCAACCCAGACGGCUCCACUGGGCACAACCACCUACCAGCAAACCGGGUUUCAGCCUCCUCAGUACCAAACGUUGACUAACACCCAACAGCAAAUGCCACAGCAAAUGCCACAGCAAAUGCCACAGCAAAUGCUACAGCAACAGCAACAGCCACAGCAACAGCCACAGCAGCAGAACACCUUCCAGACCCAUCAGCAAGCUCCAGCUUACAACACACAGAGCACUUUUCAGCCACCUAGCUUUGCCCAGAACCAGCCCUAUCAGCCUGAUCUCGGAGUGCAGAACCACCCAGGCUUUCAGCCUCCUCUGUCCUACCAAGCGCAGACCACAUACCCAAGCCAGACAUCCUACCAGCAUGGCCAAAAUGUACCUUUCCAACCGCAGGCUGAGAUCCUUAGUGUUCACCAGAAGCCACGGCAGACCUCCCUGGCCGACCUUGAGCAGAAAAUGCCCACAAACUACGAGGUCAUCAGCAAUCCCACUGUGGUUGUAACCUCCACUGUCCCUGAAGUCACCUACACCUCCACCACUGUGGCCAAUAACUAUGGUCAGUACAAGCCUCCUGAGACCACGCUGGCAGACCGGGUGAACGCUGUCGGAAGCCCCACGUGUGCCUACUCUUCUGAAUCAGUCUACACCAACCUGGAGCAGAACAUUCCCCGUAAUUAUGUCAUGAUCGACGACAUCAGCGAGCUGACAAAAGAGAACUCUGGCACAUCUUCAGAGAUGCACAAGCCCGAUACGCAGACCCACUCUUCCAAUGGGCGCCACGGGAAGGACCGGUACGAACUGAGCGAGAAUGGGAACUGCACAAGAGGCAGCUCCUACUCCAGAGCAGAGGAGGAAUCUGAGGAAGACAUGUACGACCACCAUGGCAGGGGUAAGAACAGCUGCAGCUACAAUCAGAGAAGUGGUGACAGUCAUAGCAGAAUGGGCAGCAACAGCAGUAGUGUGGGUGGGGGAUCCUCCUAUUAUUAUGACGACUACAAGCACUCCUCAUCACGCGACAAGCAUGGAUCCAGCAUGGGAGUCCAGAAGCAUUCCUCCAAGAACCUGGCCCCGGCAGUGGUAUCCUCCAAACGCAGCAAGCACAGAAAGCAGGGCAUGGAACAGAAGAUCUCCAAGUUCUCCCCCAUUGAAGAAGCCAAGGAUGUGGAGGCUGACAUGGCCUCCUACACCAUCACCCCAUCCUCUGGGGGCAGCUGCCACGUAAUGUCCAGGGCAAAGAAGCUCCAGGAUGAGAUCACCUACGGCCUGAAAAAGAAUGUCUAUGAUCAACAGAAGUAUUACGGCACGUCCAGCCGGGACGCCUACGAGGAAGACGACCGCAUAUACAGCAGCGGGAGGUCGAGGUCCACAGGCUACGGGAUGGACAAGAUCUCCUCAAGAGAUUCGGGCAACCACAGGAGCAAGUCCUACGAGAGGGACGCCAUGGAACGAUCCCAGAGGGGAAGUCAGAGCCGUGGCCGGCCCUCCAUGCGCUCCCAGAACUCUGAGGAAGAAAGCCCGCUAAGCCCUGUGGGUAAACCCAUGGGUGUCGGCCGUGGUCCUGGAGGGUCAGAGCCACCUGAUAGCCGAAAUCAAUACGGCUCCAGCCACUCCCUGCCUGACGUGCAGGAUCACAUCAAGGAUAUACCCAGAAACCACACCUACAAGCCUGAUGAUGCUUACAUCAUGGAUGAUCUGCAUUGUGCUGUGUCUGACAGUGAAGUCUGCUCGCCCUACUCACCGACGGAUUUGGAGAUUGACUGUGAUCUGUGUUUGGUUUCCAAAGCCUAUCAUUUGGGGCAGGAGGAGACGGACUGGUUUGAGAAACCACGGGAAUCCCGCUCCGAGAGGUCCCGGUACUAUAGCAGCACUGGCGGGAGCAGUGGGCACACUUCUUCGCAGAAGCGGGACCAUAUCAAGCACACGUACCAUGACUACGAUGAGCCCCCUGAUGAGGACCUUUGGCAGCAGGAUGACUACGCCCAGCCCCGCCAUUCCUCCUCCACAUCCCGGGACAGCAGGCACCACGGGACCAACUCUGGGAGACACUCUUCCUCCUCCCGCCAUUCCUCUGAAGAGCCCAGGUCCUCCAGAUCCUCCAAGCAGCAUCCCAAGGAUACUUCCCUGCGCCACGAGUCCAGGCAGCAGCCAAGCUCUUCAUCCUCCUCCAAGAGGAGCCAGCCUACUGACCAGAGAUCUUCGCAGGGCUACAACCCUUCAGAUUACUCACGCCAGCCCACCAGUCACCACCAUGGUUCUUCUGAAGGUCAGAGAUUACAGAAGCAGCCGCUGCAGUCCCAACAGCCACUGCAGUCCCAACAGCCACUGCAGUCCCAACAGCCACUGCAGUCCUCCCGGAAGCAGGACAUGCAGUCUCAGCAACCGCCGUCUUCAAGGCAACAGCCGUCAUCUCAGCAACCGUCGUCACGGCAACAGCAGCAGCCACCCCAGCAGCAGCCAGGAAGGCAGCCGACGCCUCAGCAACAACAGGGGCUGCAGCAGCAAGGACAACAAGCGCAGCGCACCCAGCAGCAACAGGCACAGACGUCAGCGACACGGCAACCGCAGAUGCCACAACAGCCUGCGCCUGCGCAGCAGCAGCCGGUACAAGCACAGCAGCAGCAGCCAAAGCCAGGCCAGGCUGCAGCCCGGGGUCCACAAGCAGGCCCUCCGCAGACAACAGCGGUGAAGACGGAAUCGGCAGAUGCUUCCAAACUGGCUGCUAAGCCGACACAACAGCCAGUUAAAGCACCCCUGCCAACGACCCCAGCAACUGGUAUAGGUUCAAAAGCAGUCCCAAGACCUGGGGGAGUGGGGGGCGCUGCUGCUGCUGGACAGUCAGCAACAGACGAGAGCGUGCUCUCCAAAAUCUUACCUGGGGGGGCCGCUGAGCAGGCCGGCAAACUCGGAGAUGCUGUGUCUGCGUUCGGAAAGAAAUUUACUUCAUUGUGGUGAGCAGCUAAGCAGUGGGAUUUCUGGAGUGGAUAAGGAGAAAGACUCCAGGCUUUGUACUGGAAAAACCUAUGAACAACCCCCUUGUGUAUUUCAUAUAAGAGAGAGAAACGUGGGACUCUGAGUGCGGCACCAACAGGGGAUUGGAAUCAAUGAUGCCCAGACAGCACUGGAGACCCUGAACAUGCACAUCUGUUGAAGAAGAGAGGCUUUUAUCGUUUCAUCAGGCAGGAGGACCGAGAGGACAAUGUCACUACUGCACCUUCAACCAAUAUCCAACAUGGGUCAGACAGGCUUUUGGAUGUGGCCUGCCACUGGCUGUAUUUUAGCUGAUUUAGGCAAGUUUUACAUACCUCUCUGACUGCACCGUUUGGGUUAGGUGUUGUCUUUAUAUUAAUAAAAGUGGUAUUGCUGUUAGUAGGGUGUUGCCAAGCACCUGUCCCUGGGCUGAAGUCAACCCCCAAUGACAUUGUGUCACCAGACAAACCAGGAACUGGGAGCAGAAUCCUAUGUUUUAUAAUGCUCUUUAACUUUUGCAGAAGUCUUCUUAGCAAUCUAAAGUUUGCAUUGUUUGAAAUAUCCAAGCUGAUCGGAAUCAGCCUGUACCUCGCAAACAGGUAAGUCUACACAAUUUAUUACAGUAACAUCUGGGAUAAACCCACCCCAGCUGGGUAUUUAACACAGAAAUCCAAAGGCACCUUUUCCAGCAGUUUUUGCAACUAGUGAUCUUGGACAGUGAAGAACUUGUUGACCUCCAAAACUAGUCUGAGAGCUCGCUGUGUGAUGAAUACGUACAUCUCCCUUCCCGUUCUUUAGGUUUAAACAGGCAGAUGGCUCUCAGCAGGUGCUGCUUCUUUAUAUCUGGAAAUACAAUUUGUUCCCUCUGACAAGCAGCGAACAUUGAGAUAAGAAAUAAGCUAUGAGUUAUUGGAGCUGUCUUGUGCCUUGUUAUCGGCAGGCAAUGAGCUCCAGAGAUGUAGGAGGAAUUGCUGUUGCCUUAACUGCACAACUCGAUGUUACACAGACUAAUUUGUGGUAGGUCUUGCUGACAUGUGGCCAUUGCCAGAGUCCCAGACAGGAGCCAUGAAAUCAAUCUAAUGGUACAGGCACAUACAGUACAGUGUCGGCCAGUCUACACAUAUUAUCAUGCAUGCAUGAUAAUAUGUGUAGACAGGAGUCUCCAGUUAAGGUAACCAAAGUUUCCUAAGAAUGGGAGUCAUUUUAAGAUAUCCAGCACCACAUAAUACUGAAGAAGAAAAGCUCCCUUGAGCCCCUGAAAAGAGACUAAGUCAUUUUUUUUUCUAACAAUCAGAGCUUGUUUAUUAGACCAAUAUUGAUUUUGAAUAGGGACACCAGUUGUUACUAAUGAAAUGUGUAUCUCUCUUUCAGAUGACCCAGAGAUGAACAACUGAAAGGAAACUUCAGAGCCAUGAGGAUGAGAUCUAGUGCAUGUGUUUCAGACCCAGACCCUAUGAUUCAUCUUCAUGGUGUAGAAGAAGGUCUGGAAGGCUGGUCUUCAGACACUCUUUGUGGUACAGAGGAGCCCAGGACUAGGCUACAGCACGGGGCCACCAUUGGGAUGCUAACAAGCUAAAGAACCAUGUUGGAAAGACAAUGGCGCGAGCAGAUAAAUAUGAGAAACGGUGUCCUACUUGCCAACUUGAUUGCGACCUUUGUUUCUCAGACUGCUAGUUGGGAAUCCUGAGAAGAGAGUCCACAACAAUGCUGGCAAACUGGAGUGUCUUUGCACGGCAGGAAAGACCCAGCAGCUGAAGGUGACAGGGGAUGAUUUGUAAUCUACUCCUGCAUUCGGAGGAUUUUUCUUUUUAAAUAUACGGCUGCACGUCGUUGGGGAUACUCAAGGCUUUGGGAUUCAGGCUGUCUGCUGCUUGUUUGAUUCCAGUCUUUUUCGCCCAGAGCAUGAACCUAUCCCAGGUCCCACAAUCUCCUCUUAUUCUUAAUAAAAAAAAAAAAGUUUCAUAGGUUUUUCUUGUACUAAAAGACCUUUUUUUUAUUUCGAACGGAGCAUUUGAAAAUAAAAAAAACAUACUCAUAUAGAAAUGAAAUGCUCAAUUUUUUUCUUAACAUUCCAGUAUGGUAAUGAUGACCCUUCUGAAUGCUGACUUGUUUUUGCGAUGUGUCCUAAAGAUUUUGGGAAGCGGACUGCAUGUAGAACACCAGAGAACUGUAUAUCUAGGACCUAACACUGUUCAUUACCUGAAGCAAGGAGGCCAUAGGACAUUACAAAAGUUAAAUAGAGAAUAAAGAAAACAGAGAAAAAAAAACAGCGUUGAAUCUGGUCACACAUUUGAGGACUUUCUUUUUUUAGCCAUUGCAAAGCCAUCACGAAACCAUCCCAAAGCAUCUGGUUCUCUGUGUCUAUGAGUUCUGUUGAUUACUUUCCACAGUUUGCUUAUUUGUUAUCGUGUUUGCCUGAUUUUCUUUUCUGAAGAGAAAGAAACAGCCUUAAUCAUUUCAGUUUUAUUUUUUACUUGUAUACCUCAAACUUUUUUUUUAGUCCACAAAUCCCUGAAUGAUUUUGUUUGCACACUGUAUAUUAUAUAUGGCCUGUUAGAAAAUGGGCUGUAACAUUUAUUUAUAUUUUCAUUUUGGUUUUGUAGUUGUUGUUCUAUUUAUUAUUAUUAUUAUUAUUAUUAUUAUUAUUAUUAUUAUUAUUAUUAUUAUUAUUAUUAUUAUUUUUUUUUUUUUUUUUUAAAGCAAUAGAGUGCAGAAGGCUGUCAAGAGCACAAUCUCUUGUGUAUAAAAAAAGGAAAUGUUUGCCUCUGCCGUUUAUGUUUUAACUGUGCAAUGCUGUUCUCAUCCAUACCUAACAGGCAUGCUCAAUGUGAGGUCACUGGGUCACACUGGCAACACUGUAACAAAAUCCAUGGUACUCGCUUGAGCCCUCCGCAGAUUGCUGGAAUGAUCCCAGCUCCUCCGUGAUGGGCUGGAAACAGCAAGAGUCUGACUACACAGGUUCAGCUAGCUGUGGGUUAAGCCACGGCUCUAACUAGUUUCCUUCCCCAAAAUGUGAAGAAAUGUGUGUUUGAAAAGGAAAGGGAAAUCUGUAAGGGUUGGCACUGACAUUGAUCAAAUCACCCUCCAUGCAUACAGGCCACAGGAACAAACACCCCUUUCGCAUUGGUUCAGUACAAGGACUGUAGAUAUAUACUGUAUGGAGUACUGUACUUUUUUUUUUUAUCCCAAAAGUUUGAAACUGUUGAUGCUUUAUCAUUCACACUGCAUAUCUGCAGAUACAGUGUAAGUAUUAUGGGGUUAGUUUUUAAAAUGAAUCUGAAAAAACACAGAUGACAUCAAGCCUGUUCAAGCAACGUGGUUUGAAAAAAUGAACAAGGGGCACACCUUUUGAAGCAGGUACUGUAUGACCCUGAUACACGAAGCAGAGCAUUCUUUGAUGAUUUCAUUUUCAUGACAUCGUUCUAGACUGCUGUUUAUAAACGUAUUUCAUUUAUCAAAACCGAAAAAAAAGUUUUUAAGUCAAAUCACAGAAAUGUUGCCGGAGCAGUAAACUAUUUUAUUACAGUGUUGCAGUUUUCUCCCCCAAAAAACAUCUCAAAUCCAUGCCGACGGGACUGACUGAGCAUGCUGCCACACAACCUCAUCAGCGUUUCGUUUUGUUUUAUUGUUCUUCAUGUGAGCUUCCAUUUAUCGAAAAACAAAGGGUGGUCGAAAGCAAUUUCCAUUUCAAACGUUCUAUGCAAUGAUACACAUUUGAAAAAAUAAAAUAAAACUGUUAAUAUUUAAUACCACUAUCAACGUUGUGUUUAAGAAUACAAUGAAAUUGUGUUACCAAGGAACAAAAAAAAUGGAUAGACUUGUUUGUAUUUAGCGACUGUAUGAAAUGUAUUUAUUGAAUUGAGUUUUUUUUUUAUUUUAGUGGCAUGUUUGAGACCCCUCUCCCUCUCCGUCGUGGUUGCCAAAAGGGUAAACAUAUAGCCUGUCAUUACUGUCCUCCAUACUGUAGCUUCAAGCAUGGGUCUCUAGCUAAAAUAUGUUGCACGUCCUCAUUCUGUCUUAGUGUAGUGGGGUAAUUAGUGCUCUUCAGUACUGCCAGGAUAUGCACUUGUUAUUGAAAUUAGCAUAAAAAACACACAUUACAAUCAAACUCUGCAGCAGGUUUUGUAUCCUCUGCUUAUAUUCAAAAUAUCGUGACUUGUAUGAUCAUUUUUCCAACUCUGCUGCCGUCAGCAGAAACAAAUAAACACAUUAUAUAGACCUUCCACGCUCCAGGAGGUACAAACCCCAUUUCAUCAGUCCUUCUUGGUAUCAAUAAAAAUCAUAUGUGCUGUCGUAUGAAAAUAACAACACAUGGUCUGAUUACUGUCACACUAUUGGAGAGAGCGACCAACAUACCAUACAGGAUGUGAUUGGGUAUUAUACCCAAAUCAAAAACAACAAUCAAUACAAUGAAAGGAGGAACAGUGAUAGUGUUGGUAAUGGAAUAACAAAGGGUUUGAUUCAGUGGGUGUGUACCAAUGGCUUUUACCAGGAGGCUGCAUUUUAACACGCAGUAAACUGUCCAUAGUUUUCAAAAAGCAACAGGUAAUGGUGGAUAAAACAAGAAGCACAUGCAUACAGUAGGUUUAUAGUGACAGGGUCUGUAUAAUUGAUUAUACAGGGGGUCAGUCAACCCUAUCUGUAGCUAUCACCACCUACUGUAUACAGUGCUGAUGGAGACGAUUGCUUUGAAUGGGGCUCCACUAGUACAGCCAAUACAAGAGUAGCAGCUGUGGAUUGAAGGACUCACAGGGUUGCAGUGGCAAUGCAGGCAUGUAGUGCUACUGUAUGUUCUGCUUGCUGUAUCAUUCCAGACAGAAGUGUAUACUGCCCCCUAGUGCUGCUUCUACCGUAUGAAUAACAGUGCAGAACAGCAUUUCAAGAAUUAGCCAAGUACAUCUUUUCUGAUUUCCACUCACCCAAGCCAUUAAUCAGUUGCACUGUCUAACACGCAGCGUUUAUCCAUUUAUUUUGAUGAGUUUCAGUUCUCAUGCUGCUAAAAUGUAACCUCAUUGUAUAGUGUGUAGUAUUUAGUCCAGGUGUGUUUUUGGUCCCAUGCAAGUAGUGGUCCAUGGGAAAAUGCUGAAGCUCUAAGGGGGUCGCAUCUUAAAAGACAAGGUUGGGUCCCACUGAUCCAGAGCCACACUGAACUAUAUAACAGAAUGGUAGCAUACCGUGCUUUUCCAUCUCUCUCUUUAUCUGUAUGAUGGGAUGCUACUGAUUUUCCUUAGCUUCUCCCGAGUAGCACAUUACAGUACCUUGGAGCCUCGUUUUUGGCCAUUCCCGUUGAUAAGGAUAUUACAUACUCAAUUAAAAAUAAUAUAGAUGCUUGAUAAAUGAUUAUAAGGAAGUAAAAAAUAACCCUUUACUGUACAAGAGCAAACUAGCAAUAGUAAGUCUCAUUUUGUAUGAAGUGUGUUUUUUUUUUAAAUCAUUUAUAAAGGAAUACGGGUCUAUAAAGCCUUCAGUAUUACAGACUUACUCUUCAGAAAACAGUAAAAAGGCAGAAUGUUUCUGUCCAAUAACAAGUGCAUAGCCACAUGCCACCAAAUCCUUAGCCCACAACUGAAAACACCUGGCAACCAUUUUCACUGUAAAUAAAAACUCCAAACUGUACAGCGAUCAUUGGCGUGGGUCAUCGUGUAUGUCCCAGCCCGGCCGACCUGCCAAUUCCUGCUUACUGUGUAUAAAACAAACAAACAAACAAACAAACAAACAAACAAAAACAGCAUUGUGCAGUGUGGCUGGCUCAUAUAGACUGUUGAAAAACAAAAGAACUUGUACUCAGAAACAUAUUGGUCUGUGUAGAGUUUCUAUACAUGUCGUGUUUGUAAAAUAAGAAAACUUCCUUAAAGUGAACUUGGCUUCCAUGUCAUUGUAUGGGGGGUUGGAUGUAAAAAUAAAAAAAAAGAUAACGAAAAAAAGAACAAGAAAACUAUUUUAAAAAGUUACAUUCACUGUUGUAAGUGCAAUGAGCUAUCUCACAUGUAUCCAUUGUAAAACUGUGUGUAUGUUUCAAUGUAUUCUUGUAAACAGUUGUAGUAAUUUGGUGCAUCAUGUCAUGUAAUGUGAUUAAUGAGAUAAUUACCCUACAAUACAGUUCCUUCAGGAACAAAUAAAGAAAAAAUUCAA